GCAGGGCAGUCCUGCAUGAGGCCACCCUUCUCUUCUUUCCUGGUGUUGCUCACCGUGGCCUCUUCCUGUUUGGUGUUGCCUAGUUGUCAGAAACAUGUUGGCCAAGAAGUACUCCAGUGGGUUGAGCCACAGCCAGGCAGCCCAUCUACGCCCUCUGACGGCACGCUGACCGAGGAUCUUUGUGGCAUGGCACAGUCGGAGGACAGUGCGAGCGGCUGGAGCUGUAAGCAGGUGGCCCAGUGGCUGCAGGAGGAAGGUUUCGGGGAGUAUGUGGAGUUAUUGUGCACCCAGCACCGCCUGGAUGGCCCCAGCCUACUGGCACUGACCGAGGCUGACCUGCGGGGUCCACCACUGGGCCUGACCGUGCUGGGAGACAUCAAGAGGCUGACCCUGGCCCUCCGCCGGCUCCAGAGACAGAGCCAGGCCCAGCUGGAGGAGCUGGGUCUUCAGCCUUCAGACAGCCUCCCCGCUGGGCACUCGCUGGGCGCCGAGGGGGUCGAUUGGAGAUGCGACGGCGACAGGAGGUAUAACGGAGGUGAGCGCUCGUGUAACGGGACCGAGCUGCGGCUGAGGAACGGCGAGCGAACUGGAUUCGCUCCAGGAGCGGCACUGUGUCAGACACACUCCAACUGGAGGUGUAGGCAGCACCUGGCUGGUAGAUUGGACCCAGAGGUGUGGAAGACAAUCCUCAGUUCCGUAUACGUCUUUUUUGUGUUUGGAUUCACAUCUUUUGUCAUGGUCAUUGUACACGAGCGUGUCCCGGACAUGAGGACAUACCCACCACUACCUGAUAUAUUCCUGGACAGCGUUCCUAGAAUCCCUUGGGCUUUUGCAAUGGCUGAAGCUUGUGGCCUCAUCCUGUGUUACAUGUUUCUGUUGAUCCUGCUCCUUCACAAACACAGGUCCAUUCUCUUCAGGCGGUUGUGCUCUUUAAUGGGAACGGUGUUUCUGCUUCGCUGCUGCACUAUGUUCGUCACCUCCCUCUCUGUGCCUGGGCAGCACCUGAAGUGUGCCAGUAAGACAUACGGUGACACGUUGGAGAAGAUACAGAGGGCGUUGGCAAUCUGGAGUGGCUUUGGGAUGACUCUGACCGGUGUCCAAACGUGUGGAGACUACAUGUUCAGUGGACACACGGUUGUCAUUACGUUGCUCAACUUUUUUGUGACCGAAUACACUCCACGAAACUGGCACCUGAUCCACACCAUCUCCUGGGUGUUAAACCUGUUUGGCAUUUUCUUCAUCCUGGCGGCGCACGAGCACUACUCCAUCGACGUGUUCAUCGCCUUCUACAUCACCACCCGCCUCUUCCUCUACUACCACACUUUAGCCAACACCCGCGCCUACCAGCACAGCCGCAGGGCGCGCAUUUGGUUCCCCAUGUUCUCCUUCUUUGAGUGCAACGUGAACGGACCCGUCCCCAACCAGUACCACUGGCCCUUCCACAAACCUUCCUUCAUGAAAACUCUGAUUGGAUAGAGUAUACGCUCAGAGCGCCGCAGCUGCAAUGUGCACGGACUGUGACAUUACAGCCUGAAUUCGAAACUUUGUCCUUGAGAUGCUGCUUCUUAUGUUUGGAUGACUCUGGGAGUUUGUUUAAAUGUUUUUUUUUAACCUCAUUUGCAUAAAAAAGAUGAUCUUUUAUUUUGUUAAAUAAUUUGUAUGUUUGAAGGAAUAGUUUUGACAAUUUAUGUGCCACUUUCAUGUCUACCUAAUAAAUAUGAAGUGAAGGCCAGCAACUGGUUAGCUUAGCUUAGCUUAGCACAAAGACUGGAAUCAGGCGGAAGGCGGGUAGCAUGUUUUAAAGGUAACAUCAUUUACCUACUAGCAUUAAACCUGAAUGUAUAACUGUCUAAAAACCAAGAGAUAAAAAGUGCAAUCUGUGACUGACUCACUGCUGACAACCAAAUAAUAAUAAUAAUAAUAACAUUUAAAUUUAUGGGUUUUAGAAUGGGUUCCUUUUGAAAAGAGCUCUACUAGCUGUUUCCUACUAUUUCCAGUCUUUGUGCUAAGCUAAGCUAACCACCUGCUGGUUGUAGCGUCAUAUUUGAUGAACGUAUAUGAAGGCAGUAAAUUUCUCAUCUCACUUUCCCAAACAGUAAAGCUAUUCCUUUUUUAAUUUAUUCCCAGCUUUAAUUGCACACUGCCAGGUUAAAAAAAAAAAGAAAAAGACAUGUGGUUUACUUCAGAGCCUAAGCGCUGCAGGUACGGACAUUUUCUUGGAGACACAUUUGCCUUGAAAUAAUCACUUUGAUUAUUCAUAUUCCACUUUGGGGGAGUUUAAAGUUUACAAGUGGUUUGCGUUGUUAGUCUGACUCAAUGUGUAGAACACUGACCAGGCAUCACACAGCCGAAGUGAAGGGUGAUACUGUGGUCGCCGUUCUUUGGGAGUUGUCAUGGAGACACUUCACAUGUUGUUUUGCCUGCAAACAGAUUUGACUCCAGUUUGGUAGUUGCUGCCAACGGAAGAUUGUUUCUUUCGAUGUGCAACAGGAAAAAAACACUUCCUGUGCUGAAGGAGCUCUGUUUCAGUCUUUAUUUACACUUAAGGUUUCACACAACGUUAAUUCUAUAGUCCUGUUGUUUUUGAUGACCUCACCUGCACUGGGAUCGUAUAGUUUGCUUCCUACAUUCAUGGUGAAACUGAACCAAAUAUCUGAACAUUUAUUGCAAUGUUCAAUUUUGCCAAUGAGCCUAUUUGUUUUUUUUACUGGGUGUUAAUUAUAUAAUGAGUAUAGAAAUUUAUGGAGCUGGAGUUUGCUUUAGCCUUGUUGUCACGUUCCUUUGUUGCACAGUACAAAGAAUGAAUUUUACAGCUGUUGACAGACAGUUGAUAGCAAAGAUUCAGUACUGUGUUGUUUACAAUCUCAUGGUUGAUCCAAACUAUAUAUUUUUAAUAAAUGUUUACAAUUUAUGGCAUUGAUUUUUAAUGUUAGUGCUCUGUAUCUGCUUUUUGGCUAAGCAAUAAAAGUUUACAUAUAAGGAAAAGCA